GUAGGGGUGGGGUGGGGCUGGGAGGGGAGACCGCUGAGGGCGGGCGCAGUCCAGCUCUGGGCCAGGGGGUCCAAAGUGCUCACCCCCGGCACGGCCGGACGUUUGGGGGCCUUUCAGCAGGGGACAGCCUGAUUGGGGACAAUGGCGCCUCUCUACCACAUCUUGGUUCUCUGUAUGGGUUUUCUCACCACAGCAAAUGCAGAACCUCCACAGGAACACGACCCGUUCACCUAUGACUACCAGUCCCUGCGGAUCGGAGGCCUCAUCAUCGCCGGGAUCCUCUUCAUCCUGGGCAUCCUCAUCAUCCUGAGCAGAAGGUGCCGGUGCAAAUUCAACCAGCAGCAGAGGACUGGGGAACCUGAUGAAGAGGAGGGAACUUUCCGCAGCUCCAUCCGCCGUCUGUCCACCCGCAGGCGGUAGAGACACCUGGCGCGAUGGAACCCAGCCAGGAUUCCCCUGGCUCCUGAUGCCUGCCACCUACCACCUGCGCGCCCACCGCCACCUGGACUGCCCUUUCCCCCAGCCCUGCCCCCACAGACUCCUCUCUGCCGCCCAGACUUCAAUAAAACGUGCUUUUCUCUCUUGAC